AUGCCGUUAAUAUCUGCUUUUGUGGAGAGGUGGCAUCCAGAAACAAAUUCAUUUCACCUACCUUUCGGAGAGCUAACAAUAACGCUACAUGAUGUUGCAUACAUUUUAAGUAUUCCUAUCACCGGACAAGCAGUUUUUGGUAAACCCGUAGUUUCCCAAUUAAAAGAGCAUCUAAAAACCACUCUUAAUAUAUCAACAUCUGAGGUGGAUAAUGAAUAUCGUAGGGGGAGCGUGCGGUUAAACUUUAUACAAGGUUGUUGUUCAUCAAAUAAUUUGCAUUCGUCAUCAGAAGCUAUUGGAUACUUGUUGUGGUUGUUAGGGUGUACUAUUUUUGUAGACAGGUCAUCUACUAGUGUUAGUCCUUAUCUUCUACCAUACUUGGUUGAUUUGGAAAAGGUUAAAGAUUAUGCUUGGGGUGCUGCUUGUUUGACAUAUAUGUAUCGUCAAUUAGGGGUAGCUUCCAGAUUUGACAAUGCUCAAAUUGCUGGAUGUUUAACACUCCUUCAGACGCAUACUAGAUGA